AUGGUCUAUUUCACAACUGCUUCUAUUUUCCCACCUACUCCUACUUCGGUUUCGAUCCAAACUGAGCAGCGUGCGAUAAAUCCUCGCGUCGUAGCGGAUCCUACACAAGCUCCAAACGACCUCGUUUUUCUGCUGCACAGGGACGUUCUUAUUGAGUGCGUGGAAUUCGGCUUGAAAGACACCAAUGCUGAGAUUCGUUCGUUGGCGGAACAGCUGUUGGUGUGUCUUCUGAACUCAUAUGAACUUCUUUCCCGGUCAAGUUGGUGUACUCUUUAUCACCUCAUUCUGGAUACAUGCGCGCCGGGGGCUUGCUCCUCCGUUGCAUCAACGUAUCCGCUCAGCGUAAUUUUUGGUCCUCAUGCUGCGCCGCCAUCAGUAGAUCGUGGCGCUAACCCUGCGUUCGGUGAGCUUGUUCUGGACUGGUGUUUGGGUUUGAUGACACCAUCCGGUCGCCGACCGGCUGCUUGUGGUUGGAAGCCCGUUUUGCUAGACGAGUCAGUUAAUAGCCACAAAAUAUCACACUCUUGUGGCCGCCUACUUUUUCAUCCGGAUGCUAAAGUUCGAGAGGCUGCAGCUACUGCAUUCGCUGAACAUUUUCGAGCAUUUUGUUCCGGAUAUAGCCAACCUGCACACCCGGUUGAAGGGAGUACGUCGACAGCAACUGAGUCUCGUGUGGUUACUGGGAUGAGUGUUUCCACAGAGUGUGCUGAUGCGAGCAAACCUGUUGGGAUGCAUAAGACCAGCACCCCAGUGGAUCGUAACUCAUCGGAGUUGUUGCUGGUACAGACCCUUAUGAAUGGUCUGGUGUUUGGAGCGGACAGUUCAUCAGGCCAACAACAAAUUCCAUCCUUCGUUUUGGAUCAUCAAGAUAACAUACUAUCAGGUCCUGUUGAUACCGAUCAGGCCGACAAUGUACCUCGCUUGAUGCAGGCUUUAAUCGACUGCGGAAGUGACCUUGACGUCCGUCGUGCUGCUGGUGAACAAUUGCUUUUCCUAAUCAGAAGUCCUCUUAUCUUGGAAGCCUGGCUGGUAAACCAAGGCUUACAGCAAUGUCGCCGGCUUGUGGAGCAAACAGUUGAGGAACAUAUUGUCAACAGCGCGCGGACCAAGUCACCAGAUCCGUACCACACACUAAUUCCACCUGAUUCGUCAAGCAGUGUCUACUUCCUUGUUGCGGAUGCUUCGGUUCAGCGUCGUUUGGAGACCCAACAUUCGACAACAGUUGUCAACUGA